AUGGACAUCAGUGACCUCCUUGUCCGCCAUGAGAAGCUCGUUCACCUCAACGAGGGCAGCAAGGAGAAUAAUCGGCCAAGAAAGACUUCAUCCAGCACACAUAAUCCGCCAUCUUCCUCCGACAGCCAUGUCGAACACGAAAUGUUGGGCGUCCAGCGCCCACCUCAGCCCCAGUAUCACCAGGAGUCAAUAACGGCCGUGGCAUCCACCAUGGCCCCAGAUCCUCGCAUGCCAGGCCCGGCACGUACCGCUGCCUGCAACCUCGAUCUACUUUCUGAUGCGGCACUGGCCAGCGAAGUGAACCCCAUGCAGCAACCUAUGAUGGCCGAGAUGGGACGUCCGCCUUCUGAUCAUACGAGGAUCAAGUCCUAUGAUGAGUCGAUGGGGUAUCCCGAACGGCCACGAGAGGACCAGAACAUGCUGGCGCCGGGAUACGUUCCCCAGCCCCAAGCAGCACCUUACGAUGACUAUCAUAUUUUCCUCGACGACUUUGCGCCUUCUUCGCACUACUUGCCACCUCCGUUCGAGUCUGAUCAGCAAAUGGGGGGACUAUGGCCCCGUGGCGACAUGCAUCACCGUGGCCCGUCCAAGCCUUCAUCGCAGUUUCCGUCACGGUUCCCUUCGGUCCAGCCGGAUGGUCGGGAGGGUAUGGAAGGUGGUCCCAGGAGCCACGAAGAGUCAAUGAGAGCACCCCUUCGUAUCUCCGCCGUCGACCACACGGUCAUCAAGAACCGACUGGAGGAGUUCUCGUCGGUCAUUCCAAACGACUUUGUAUUUCCGUCUAGACAUACACUCACUCGAUUCCUCGAGGGGUAUAUCAGCGGUUUCCACGAGUAUCUCCCGUUCCUGCAUAUUCCCACAUUAACACCCGCCGAGAUGGCACCGGAACUUCUUCUGGCUAUCUUGGCUGUUGGUGCACAGUACCGAUUCGAGAGCCACCGGGGUCACGCGCUGUGGUAUGCUGCCAAGGCUGUUGCGCUCGAGCAGAUUCGAAGACGGCAUAGCCAUGAGGUUCAUGCCCUUCUACCGACACCUGCUGCGUACAGUCCACACUCGACUCGGCCUUCUCCCAGCUCUGGCUUUAGGCACACCUUUGCCUCGGCACAGCAGGAUCGCCCGAUGACACAAGACACUCAUCGCGAGCCUUUGUAA